AUGUUACCAGUUUGCGUGCAACUUCUUGCGGUCAUGGCGUUCAGCUUGAUUCACUCCUACAGCUCUUGGCCCGGCGACCACAACGAAUCCAGCAGCUUGAACAAAAGGUCGAUGUCCAAUGUCCAGCGAAACGCCUUACCAACCUGCGGUGAAAAGUGUAUGGUCAAACUACUUUCGGAGACGUUGCCUUGCCAUCCAGCCGAUAGCUGGUGUCUAUGUCACAAUGGUCCAUGGCAAAUCAAAGUGGAACAGUGCUUUGAAACGUCUUGCUCGCCAGUAGAUAUGGUCACUUCGGUAGUUGCAAACCAAAACUUUUGUGGGAAGCUCAGUCAAACUCCAACGAAACCUACUCAAUCUUUGCCCAUUGAUUCAAUCCCGCCGCCGCGCAAUAAAUUAAGCGAAACAACGCCCAUAAAUGUAGCUCAGUCUGAGUCAUCCGCAACAGAAAAGCCUCGUUCAAACGUCACUGAACCGUUUCACGGAGUAUCUUUCAGGAACCAAACGCUUGCGCCGCAUUCCCCUUUCGAAUCUACUACCUCGACGCUCCCGCUCAUAUGA